GAAGCGAGGCUUUAACCUUUUCCCACCCAUCCCAGAGCCGUGGUGUGAAGGGAUGAAAGGGAGGGAGGAGACCCCCCCCCUCUCCACCACCCUCCCCCCGGCUUCUGUCCUCGUAGUUGCCACGUUUGAUCCUCCCUCUCCUCUGGCGCUUGCAGUGGAGCUGGGCAAACAAACAGGCGAACCGCAGCGCCCGGCUCCAUGUGAUCGAGCCGAUCCCCCUCUUGCGAGGGACUAGCGGGGGCGGGACGAAGGGAGGAGCGGGGGGGUGGGAGCCUGUUGCCCCCCCGGAGAGUUAGCGGCUCGCCCAGCCGCCUGGAUGUGCAGAGCGCCCGGCGCCACGGCAGCCACCAGCCGUAGCUUGGCAGGGAAACCAGCGGCGCGAGCGAGCGGGGUGCCCCGGGCUCGCUCCUCCGAGCGCCCGCCCGGGUGCUCUGGGGCCGCCGGCCGCCUCCCCCCGCCGGCGCCUGGGGUCUCUCCUCUGGCCGGGGCGCUGAGCGACGGGGGCGCGCGGCCAGGCUUGGAGAAUGGCAUGCAACGAUGGCUUGUGCCAAGGAGCUAGUGAUCGCCAUGUCCUCGGGUCUCUGCAUCACCCUCCUGCACUUCCUGUGCCUGGCGACCGGCGUCACUGAGCCCCCGGGACAGAUCCAAAAGGAGGAGAAAUUAUGGCCGGAGAAUUUUACAAGCAUCCUGAACAGUCUCCUGGAUGGUUAUGACAACAGGCUGCGUCCUGGAUUUGGGGGUCCUGUUACUGAAGUCAAAACAGAUAUAUAUGUCACCAGUUUUGGACCUGUUUCUGAUGUAGAAAUGGAAUACACAAUGGAUGUCUUCUUUCGUCAGACAUGGGUGGACAAAAGAUUAAAAUAUGAUGGUCCCAUUGAAAUUUUAAGACUUAAUAAUAUGAUGGUUUCAAAAGUGUGGACACCUGACACUUUUUUCAGGAACGGGAAAAAAUCCGUCUCGCAUAAUAUGACAGCCCCAAACAAACUCUUUAGAAUAAUGAGAAAUGGCACCAUCUUAUACACAAUGAGGCUUACCAUAAGUGCAGAAUGUCCCAUGAGAUUAGUGGAUUUUCCAAUGGAUGGUCAUGCUUGCCCUCUCAAAUUUGGGAGUUAUGCAUAUCCAAAGAGUGAAAUGAUUUACACCUGGACAAAAGGACCUGAACAGUCUGUGGAAGUUCCUGAAGAGUCUUCCAGUUUAGUUCAAUAUGACCUGCUUGGGCAUACUGUAUCCACUGAAACUGUUAAAUCUAUUACAGGUGAAUAUGUUGUUAUGACAGUUUACUUCCACCUCAGACGGAAAAUGGGUUAUUUUAUGAUUCAGACAUAUAUCCCAUGCAUUAUGACUGUGAUCCUCUCGCAAGUGUCAUUUUGGAUAAAUAAGGAAUCUGUUCCAGCUAGAACCGUAUUUGGAAUAACGACAGUUUUGACAAUGACAACGUUGAGCAUCAGUGCAAGGCAUUCGUUACCAAAAGUAUCCUAUGCCACUGCCAUGGACUGGUUCAUAGCUGUCUGCUUUGCCUUUGUGUUCUCUGCUCUUAUUGAGUUUGCUGCUGUCAACUAUUUUACUAAUGUUCAAAUGGAAAAGGCCAAAAGGAAGACAGUGAAAUCACUCCUUGAAUUUCCAAUCAUGCCGGUGCAGCGAGAACAGUGCACAGAAGAGGCACUCAUGACUACAGAUGCCAAUUCAAAUGUGAGGAAAAGAACAAAUGCUAUGGCACAGUCAGAAGCCGAUGGUGGGAACCGAACUGACACAGCAUACAGUUCCACCCAACCUUCUGGGGUAACUCAGGGGUCUUCUGACAUUACACCCCAGUCUCUUUCAGCAUCAAGUCCAAACCCGUUCAGUCGCCUCAGUGUACCAGAAACAUUGUCUUCUGCAAGAGCUACUCCUCCAGCUCCUCCCUCCACCCCAAUUUUAACUGGAUGCAUAACACAGCAUACCACAGCUGGAUCCCCAUCUAUUCAUCAUUUACUUGGAUCUAGACUGGAGCAGAUUCAGACCACAGCUAAUACGGUGGGAGCAGCUGUAAAGCCGUCUUCUAUCUCUCCGUCUCCUGCUCCCCCUGCUUCCAGCUCUGGCACUAGUAAGAUAGACAAAUAUGCACGCAUUCUAUUUCCUGUCACAUUUGGAGCAUUUAACAUGGUCUACUGGGUAGUGUAUCUAUCCAAGGACACCAUGGAAAAAUCAGAAAGUCUAAUGUAGUUUUGCUGCUAUGUAGAAGUUUCCUUAAUUAUCAUAACACAUUUGCUGCAGGGUUCCUUCUUUUAAAACUUUUUUUUU